GGGGCCGCAGCGCUUCCCGUGGCCUCGCCGAGCCACCCCCUCCCCCUGCUCCCCUCCCCCCGCGGCCGGCGGGAGACUCGUGAUCCUUCCGCCGCUUCCCUUCUUCAUUGACUCGGAAAAAAAAUCCCCGAGGAAAAGACAAUCUUCACAGGACUUAUUUUCAAUCAAGUAUUUGCCCUGCUGCACGUGAUAGGUAUUUUUUAGGAGCUUUCUUUUUUCCUCCCCGCCUCCUCCCUGAAAGGGAGGGAGAAGAAUUGUAUUUUUUUCACCCAAAUCAUCUAUAUGUUAAAUAUCUAUACCGAUCUGUCUUGAAGGAGAAAUCCAUCUUUUUUUUUUUUUUAAUAAUAUAAAAGGAGUGCAAAGCCAAGAGGACGAAGUCUUUUUCUUUUUCCCGGGGAGAACUUAAUGCUGCAUUUAUCAUUAACCUAACACCCCAACAUAAAACAAUAGGAAGACAAGAGGAAGGAAGGAAAAGGUGAUUCGGGAAGAGAGUGAUCAUGUCAGGGCGGCCCAGAACCACCUCCUUUGCGGAGAGCUGCAAGCCAGUGCAGCAGCCUUCAGCUUUUGGCAGCAUGAAAGUUAGCAGAGACAAGGAUGGCAGUAAGGUGACCACAGUGGUGGCAACUCCUGGGCAGGGUCCAGACAGGCCGCAGGAAGUCAGCUAUACAGACACUAAAGUGAUUGGAAAUGGGUCGUUUGGUGUGGUAUAUCAAGCCAAACUUUGUGAUUCAGGAGAACUGGUUGCCAUCAAGAAAGUAUUGCAGGACAAAAGAUUUAAGAACCGAGAGCUCCAGAUCAUGAGAAAGCUAGACCACUGUAACAUAGUCCGAUUGCGUUAUUUCUUCUACUCAAGCGGUGAGAAGAAAGAUGAGGUCUAUCUUAAUCUGGUGCUGGACUAUGUUCCGGAAACAGUAUACAGAGUUGCCAGACACUAUAGUCGAGCCAAACAGACGCUCCCUGUGAUCUAUGUCAAGUUGUAUAUGUAUCAGCUGUUCCGAAGUUUAGCCUAUAUCCAUUCCUUUGGAAUCUGCCACCGGGAUAUUAAACCACAAAACCUCUUGUUGGAUCCUGAUACAGCUGUCUUAAAACUCUGUGACUUUGGAAGCGCAAAGCAGCUGGUCCGAGGAGAGCCCAAUGUUUCCUAUAUCUGUUCUCGGUACUACAGGGCACCGGAGUUGAUCUUUGGAGCCACUGAUUACACCUCCAGCAUAGAUGUGUGGUCUGCAGGCUGUGUGUUGGCUGAACUGUUGCUAGGACAACCAAUAUUUCCAGGGGACAGUGGUGUGGAUCAGUUGGUGGAAAUAAUCAAGGUCCUGGGAACACCAACAAGGGAGCAAAUUAGAGAAAUGAAUCCAAAUUACACAGAAUUCAAAUUCCCUCAAAUUAAGGCACAUCCUUGGACAAAGGAUUCGGCAGGAACAGGACAUUUCACCUCAGGAGUGCGGGUCUUCCGACCCCGAACCCCACCGGAGGCCAUUGCACUGUGUAGCCGUCUGCUGGAGUAUACACCGACUGCCCGACUGACGCCACUGGAAGCUUGUGCACAUUCAUUUUUUGAUGAAUUACGGGACCCAAAUGUCAAACUACCAAAUGGGCGAGACACACCUGCACUCUUCAACUUCACCACUCAAGAGCUGUCCAGUAAUCCACCUCUGGCUACCAUCCUUAUUCCUCCUCAUGCUCGGAUUCAAGCAGCUGCUUCAACCCCUACAAAUGCCACAGCAGCCUCAGGUGAGGACACACGCUAACGCUGGAGACCGUGGACAGACCAAUAACGCCGCUUCCGCAUCGGCUUCCAACUCCACCUGAGCAGCCCCAGGCAGCCAGCUGCGCGGGAAGAACCACCAGUUCCUUGAGUGUCACUCAGCAACACUGGUCACGUUUGGAAAGAAAAUUAAAAAGAGGAAAAAAAAAAAAAAAAACCUGUUCAUUUUAGUGUUCAAUUUUUUAUUAUUAUUGUUGUUCUUAUUUAACCUUGUAAAAUAUCUAUAAAUACGAACCAAUUUCAUUGUAUUCUCACUUUGAGGGAGAUCCAGGGGGUGGGAGGGCGGUGGGGAGGGAAAGCGGAGCACUAGAACACACAAUCUCUCUCCCGCGACAAUCUUUUUUUAUCAAAGGUCUGCUGUUAUAUACUUUCAAAACAGGACUCCUGCCUCAUGCCCCUUCCACAAAAGAAGACAACCUGGUUCUGUGCUGAAGUUUUUUUGAACUUUGUUUUCUUUUAAAGUCAAGUGUAAAACUUUGGUAUAGUGCACAGCUUGAAAUUGGCUGGGAGCUUAGCAGGUAUAAGUCAGUGGGGACUUAAAUGUCACUUGUAAAUUAAUCCAUAUCCUCGGGUAUCUGAAGACUUACCUUUGGCAUGUUGGUGGCAGGUCUGGCAGACAUAAUGUGUAUCAUUCAUAACCCAGGGAGGUAAAUAAAGUUUGAAACUGUAAGGGUAAGAUUCUUAAUUGGUUCGUUUAGGCUUUGAUUGCUCUUAAUCAGGGCUCGUGGUAAAGGAAUUUGUCUAGGAGGCUGUCAGACCAGGGGCAGGCAGAACUCUGACUGCCCUGAGAGCAGAUCUGCGUUUGCCAGACCAAAGGCUGUCUGCACAUCUUCGUACAGUUUUAAAGUAGUGACUUAGAAGGAGACGGAGAGGGGUACUGGGCAGGCCACUUGGGCUGCAGAGGUCACACACAGAUGCCACGGAGGCACCCACCAGCCAGGGAUUCUUCGGCACAUCUCACCACUGUGAAUGAAUUUUUCCAGACUUUUUCUAAAGUCGCUUCCCUUGGAAAGAUAAACUUGAGAGGACACUAUAGUUAAAUAAUGUGAACUGUAACGGUCUACUGGUUUGGUUUUCAUGUUUUUAAUUAGAAAUUGAGCUUGCUGAAAUUGCUAUAUUCUACACUUAGUUCUAAUUUUAAAUCCAAAUCUAGAAUCUGUAUUUAAUUUUCACUUUUUUAACCUCAUGCUUUUUAAACUUUAUUUAUUGAUGCAUGUCAGGCCAUUAUGAUUUUAGAUGGUAGGAAUUUUGAAAACUACACAUCAAAAUUAUAUAAACAGUCACUUGUACCUGCUGACUCUAUUGGAAAGCUGAUUAUAGACAUCUGUGUAUAUAUGUUAUAUAUACAUAUAUUCAGUACUGCCUUUUUUUUUUUUCCUCUUUGUCUCCAGUAUCAAAAUGGACUGGUUGAAGCAUGAGAAGAAUGUUGUCCCCCAUGCCCAGUUAAGAGUUUUUGUCCUGUUUUCUUUGUGUAUUAGCGAGUGGUAUAAGAAUCAAAGUCUCUGUUUUUGCAGAAAAAGCAAUAUUCCUUGGAAAGCAAGGAGGACUGAAGGAUUAUGUUUGCAGCGAGGAAAUAGAUUUUCACGACUAGUUUUUUGUACCCUUUUCAGGCUGGCAUCUGCGUGGGCCUUACAUACUCUAAAAUGAACCUUAGUCACCUUGGUGCUUAGGGCCAUUACUUGACCUAGGAAUCUUUAAGGCACAAUCAGCUGUACUUUACAUUUAAAGGUCACUUGAGUGAUGGCCGCCUUUCCCUCCCACCCGCUCCUCCCCCCACACACCUUCCAAGGUUAUCUGAACCCUAGAUUGUGUGGAACCUCCCUUCAACCUCAUUGCCACCUUAGGUCACAUUUGGGGUCUCGCCCUCCAGGUGGUUUGGAAGUGGAGUCUCUUAGCAGCCCUCUUGCAGGCCCCAGCGCCCCGUCCUGCUUAACCAAGUAUGUGUGACUCUCCGAGAGAGUCCUCCUGCCUGCUGAAGUGAACCAGUACCCAGAAAGAGAACUGUGCGCCAUCUUCAUUUUCACUCACUGUUUAGCUGAGCUCAUAGGCCACAGUCAGGGAGGGCUCCUUAUGCUGCUGGUGAUACAAGAGUUCAUGAGAGAGGAGAGACACUCACUCAGUCAAACCAAAUCAACUGAUUUUUACUUUUCAUAAUGAGCUUUCAAGAGCUAAUCAAAUUCAAAAGCAGUCUGAAAUCAAAGUGUUUAGUAGCAUAAUUCCUUAAAUGGAAUGAAUGGCAGAUCAUUGACAGAAAUGAACCUGCUUUCAGACCAAACUGCCUAGGCUAACAUUUGGACACAGACACUAGAGUCUGUAAAAACCAGUGCUUGCUUUAGGAAACGCUUCCCCACCACCACCACCAAACAAGAGAGGAAAAGGAAAGUCAAGUGCUUUUCUCUCAUUUUCUCGUGUGUGUGAGGGCUAAGGUGCAGCGAUUUUUUUCUUUCUCAAGGAUCAUGGCAGGAUCACAGAACUCUUUUAUACAAGUGAGAUCCAGGUCUCCGAAUAUCUUUUUGUAAAUAAUAAUAAUAAAAAGCUCCUCACCAAAUUCAAGCUUGUACAUUAUAUUUUCUUUCGACGUUUUUAAAUUUAAGUUUUAUUGUUUUGUAUGUAAAUACGUGGACCCAGGAACUGUUAUUUUAAUGAGCAAAAAGUUACUGUUCAGGGCAGUGAUUCUGUUUAAUAAUCAGACAAAAUGUAGACGAGCUUUUUAAAGCCAUAUAGUUUUAACUCUGUACAGUAGGUACCGGCCUGUAUUAUUGUAACAAUAACUCUAGCAAUGUAUAGUGUAUCUAUAUAGUUUGGAGUGCCUUCGCUUCCAUGUGUUUGGGUUUUUUUGUUUGUUUUUCAUUUUUUUUUUUAAUUUUAAUUGGUUUCCCUGAUCCAUGUCUCACUCACCCAUCUCCUUUCCCUUUUAAAUAAUAGUUCACUCAUAAAACAGCAUCUGUGCCCCUUUCACAGUCGUCAGGUUUCAGUGGCGCUGCGCUCCGUGGUGGAAAGAGGAAACCUUGUUCCGAAUCUCACUUCUCCAAGCCCUGUCUUUGUUUUGGUUCUGAGCGGGUUUCCUCCUCUGUAGCAGUGACGGGUUUCGUUUCAUACUUAGUCCAUUCAGGGCCUCAGUCUAGCACCAGGGAGCCUAGAGCUGGAGGAUAUGGAAAAGAUUGGAUUUAGCCCGUCUCUUCCCCAAGCCCUAAUUGCGGGUCUUAAAAACAGCAGAUUCCGGGAGCCUUCCGUGCUCUCGCGCUCUCCUUAACCUGGUUUCCUCCCAGAAGAGAGACAGAGAGAGAACUGGUUUUUAUAAAUCAAAGUUUCUUAAUAGUGUCGGGUUUUGAUACAUCAGUGGUCUAAAAUGCUGUAGGGCAAUUACUAGCGACCAUGGACACAGAGGCCGGUGGUUUUAACGCGAGCGCUCCUAGCCCAUCCCCUCCCUCCUGCCAUCUCUUCCCCUUUCAAUGAAAUGUUAUUUUAAUUUCUUAAUAAAAUCCAUUUAAUUCUUACUGUGCGCCCAAUGUGAAGGCCUUUUUUGAAAGAAAAAAAAAAUCAAAAUGACUUGUUUUGCCUCCAAGUACUUCAUAUAAGAUGUCUUGAAUAGAAGAACAAACUUUACCAAACCAAAGGUUGUUAUUUUUGAAACAUCGUGUGUUCAUUCCAACAAGGCAGAGACUGCGCCUUCUUUCCAAUGACAUGUCGUUUUUUUAAGUCCUCCUAUUAGACAUAUUUUUGGUUUGUGUUUUAACAAAGUAUGCCUAACCAGUCAUCUUGUCUGCACCAAUGAGAAGGUUUCUGAGAGGACUAUUAUAUUCCUUAUCCCUGUGGAUAUAAAGACACUGGUGUUUCGUUUGUUUUCCAUUUCCUUUUUAAAGGAUUUAACUUUGGAAUCUUCCAAAGGAAGUUUGGCCGAUGCCAGAUCCCCAAGAGUUUGGGGGGUUUUGUUUGUCGUAAACCAAAAUUGCAUCUGACCCUAUUCGUGUUAGUGAUCAUCUAAUCACAGAGCCAAACACCAUUAUCCCUGUAUAGAAAAAUAAACUAAGCAUACAAUAAAGCCUGUCUUUUCUGGCAGAAACCUGAGCCACUGAAAAUAAGAGAGACAACCGGAAGCACAGCAGAGUCCCAGACUAAGGUCUACCUUUGAGAGGCUUCGAAAGUAAUCCCUGGGGUUUGGAUUCUUUUCACAAAGGUUAUGCCCAGUUUUACUCACGUUUCUUGCUCCGUUUUUUGCACCUCUGCAAUAAAGCAAAAUGACAACCAGUACAUAAGGGGUUGGCUUGACAAAGUAGACUUCCUUGUGUUAACUUCUGAGUUUUUUUUCUUACUAUAUCUGUCUACAGGCAGAUACAGAUAGAUGUAUGAAAAUGUGCUUGCCUGUAAAAUUUGCAUUUAUAAAUGUGUUGCCGAUGGAUCCCUUGGGCCUGUACACAUACCAAUUAGCGUGACCACUUCCAUCUUAAAAACAAAUCUAAACAAAAUAUAAAUAUAUAUAUAUUUAUAUAUAUAUAAAGGACUGUGGGUUGUAUACAAACUUGCAAACACUUGUGCAAAUCUGUCUUGAUAUAAAGGAAAAGCAAAUCUGUAUAACAUUAUUACUACUUGAAUGCCUCUGUGACUGAUUUUAUUUUCAUUUUAAAUAUAAACUUUUUUUGUGAAAAGUAUGCUCAAUGUUUUUUUUCCCUUUCCCCACCCCCCUGUAAAUACAUUUCGUUCUAUGUGACUUGGUUUGGAAAUAGUUAACUGGUACUGUAAUUUGCAUUAAAUAAAAAGUAGGUUAGCCUGGAAAUGAAAUUAAAA